CUGCAAAAGGCUAGGCACAAUUUCACUGUGUGUUUGUCUUUAUACAGCAGCAGAUGACUGUUCUAGUAGCCGACUAGUAAAAUAGUAUAUUUUCCUCCAAACCAGCCAAUACAAGCCAGAUCAACCAUGAAGGGUUUUGCUAUUUUCUGUCUGUUGAUUGCGUCAUCAUCUGCUCAUAUUUGUCUUCUUAAUCCGAACCAGAGGGGAUCUCUGGAAGGACUCAAUAAAGAAGAGGCUGAUGUUUGUGGUUAUGUGACUGAACCAUGUGGGGGACAGGAUCAAGAAAAACCCUUAAUUGGAAUCAGGAAAGGUUCAGACUACACUGUUGUCUUUCAGAAAAACAAGAGUCAUUUUACGACGUAUUCCAAUGGGACAUCCACCAAGGGAUAUUUUGAGAUUGGUUUCUGGACUAAACAGCAAUGUAAGGUUCUGCUGAGGAUCCCUGACACAGAUACCCCAUCUUUGUACAUCUAUGAGGCUACUGUUACAAUGCCUGAUGGGCCUGUUGGACUUCCAGCCAUCUUACAGGUGACUUAUGCGACCGACAAUCCAGAUGCUCCACCCAAGUUCUACCAAUGUAGUGACGUCAAGUUGAUUCUAUAGAUCAACCCAGACCAAAAGCAGAAAGUCUGUAUUACAGGGUGAGGCAAAAUGAAGUUGACUGAGAUUUAGGAUUGAAAAACAAAAUCAACAACUGACACUCAAAACGCCAGUGAAGCAUUAUAUCAAACAAGCAUCCUUUCCUGCUUUUCUGAUGAAAAAGAAUGAAACACAUUGAUUAUUUCUAAGAGAAGUUAUGUCUGUUUUGUUUGACUGAAAGCACUCAUUGUUUGUAGCUGUCCAUGGAAUGUUAUUGACUGAAUCUACAUUUGAGUACACAGUUAAUAUGCUUACUUUACAUUUUGUUUUGUUAAGUAUUCCGUAGACAGCUUGCAAAAUGAGUACCUUUAUUAAACUAGACAUAACUGCUUUUAGGAAUGAUCAAUUUGAUGUUCUUUUUCUAACAAGCAGGAGAGAGUGCUUGUUAAAUGUGUGCUUUGCUGGACCUUUCCGUGACACUUGUUUUUAUUUUUUUAUUUUUAAAGCAUUCCCAAUCCCGGUCAACUUCUUUUUGACACACCCUGUAUAGAGGCACACGUAGCAACUUCUUCAUUAGGGGUUGGGUUUGGGAUGGGAUUUAAUUUCUUUCUAGAAGGUAGGGGUGGUGCUGGUAGCGGGUGUAAAGCAAUUAGUUUAUAAAAUCAUCAGAAGAAAUUUACAUGACAAGUUUUGUUCUUCAAUUGCUUGGGUUUAGUUUCUGUAUCUGUACAGUAAUGAUCAUGUGGAGCGUUGGUGUUUGGGUUGAGUGGAUUGGGUUAGACAAUAUAAGUCUCUAAAAGUUCAGAGAAAAUAGAUUUAAGACAACUUGGUUUUAUGAAAUCAAAUUUAUCUUUUAUAAAUGUAUUGAUAUAAAAUUCUUGAAAUACAAAUGUUCAAGGUCAUUUGUCAUAAACACAAUUUGAAUUUGUACACAUGGUAUACAAUACUUGUAUUUUAGGAAACCUGUUUGCCAAUUACACCCGAACAGAAUCAUGCAUACGUUAAACUCAUUGAAGUUUGAACCAACUUUGUUUGAAACAAUCGCUUGAAGCAGUGAUAAUUUCACAAGUAGUUUCUAACCUGUUCAGUUUAUGUGGUUUUCUCUGUAGUUAUCGGUGUUUUUAAACUCCUAUCCUUGCCAGUUAACCCUAGGGUUGGUAUCAUAUUCCUUAUUAUCAUGCUUGAAGUUUGAAGCUGAGUGUGUAGCUCUAAGUCUAAGUUUUGGACAUCUGAACUUGCUUAGUCGUUACUCAAGGUCUUGGAUGGUUAGAACACAUCUUCAAUAUUUGAAUACAUGUAGGCAUUAAAAAACAUACAUUGGUUAAAAACCACAUUGUAAGCCAUUAUAUGUUAAUGUUCAGCUUUAAAGUGGUCUGCUCACUAUAAACCAGGGCCGCAUAAUUUAUAAGUUUUUUUUAAGGAAAGAGUUCUAAGAAUAUUUGUAAGAUUCGUCAUCAGGUUUUUAUAUUAACUACAUGUAGACUGAAAUGUUUUUUGUAACCGACAUGUCUGUGUCUAUAUUUGAAGAGCGUGACGGUACUAUGGUUUUGUUUCUUUGCACGGUAUCUUCUAUAAAUAAAAUGAGCAACCCAUUUUGAUAUCCUUGGUCAUUGUGACUAUAACUAUGAAACCAUGUUUGAAGAUUGUGACGGUUCUAAGGGUUGCUUGUAUGUUUGUUUCACUAAAUGGUUUCUUCUGCACAAUCCAUUAAUGUGUACCAAGAAGGUUCGUGCUUUAUUGGCACGCGAAUACACCGAGUGUUUGUUCUUUAACACAUAAUUGCGGAAGUGUUUUCAGGACAUGGCAUCGCCAACGCUUCGCUAGGGGAUUUACUGUUUCACAGUGGCGAUUUACAGUUUCGCCUGAGAGUUAAUAUUACUGUUUCGCAAGGGGGAUUUUACUUGUAUACAUUAUUAGGCUUAGUCCCGUUGUCAAUGCCCGUGUAGUCUGGCAGUCAGUGAUUGUGACUUAAAUCGCCCGGGCGAAAAAGUAAAUUUAGUAUAUGAAUUUGUUUUUCUCAUCAUGUCAUAAAUACACUGGAAUUUGAUAAAAUAAUUAUAUAGGGUUGCGUGAAGUUACUCAUUUGCACCAUUGUCUUAAAUGUGUUUCCUGUUAUUCUUACAGUUUUAUAUGCCGUUGUACUUUCUUGGGUUAAAUGUUCAAAUGAAAGAGCGAUCACGCUGCUGUUAAAUAUAUAUCAUUAUAUUCAGUGUUAUGGUUGAGAGAACACCAACAUCCGUUAAUCCAAUUGUUGACGGUGGUAAAGUGAUGGGAACUGUUUUUACGUGAAUUCCUUUUGGGCAUUUUUACGAUGUGUAAUAAUACAGUUUGGAAUAUUAACGCA